CUCCCUCACUCAGGCUGGGGAGGAAAUGAUGUGGUAAUGCCUGCUUAAUUACAGCUCCAGACACCCAUUGGAUCUUGCAGUGACUUCCUCCUUAAGCAGACAGAGCCUCUCAGUCCCAGUGUGUUUGGACAGAACUUUCUUCUCCCCCCCUCUCCAGGUCCGGUAUUAGAUUGCACCCCUCCUGUUCCAGUCUGUGAUCAGAUCUGAUCUCCUUGGUGCAGUUGGGGAAGGGAGCAGGGGGAGGGAGGUCUGCUGUGCUGGGUGCAGGGGGAGGUGGUUUGCCUGGAAAAUGAGAGCUGUUGGGGGAAACCUUGUCCUCAUCAGCUGCAGAGACCUUCUCUGAUUGUCCAGACCUCCAUGGCCAGCUCCGUGGAUCUGUAGGAGACUACCCCCAGCCGAUCCUGGAGUCAGAGGGAGAAAGAGAGUCAGCUGCAACAUAGUAACAUUCGCUGGAGGUCUAAACAAUGGUGGAUGGUGGUAUGGUUCUUCCAGUUCUCAUCAUGGUGGCUCUUGCCUCUCUCAGCUUGGAAGACGAUGACCUCAAAGUCCAUCCAGGGGGAUUCAAGUGUGUUUGUGAAGGAAUGUCUUGUGGAAAUGGCGACCACUGUUAUGGGCAGCAAUGCUUCUCCUCGCUCAGUAUAAACGAUGGCGUUAUGGUUUACCAAAAAGGCUGCUUCCAAGUUUACGAACAAGGCAAAAUGACAUGCAAAACCCCUCCGUCUGCAGACCAAGCUGUGGAGUGCUGCCAGAGCGACCUCUGCAAUCUGAAUAUCACCGCACAGCUCCCUAAGAGGCAGUUGAGAGAAAGCACAGUGAGUUAUAGCGUGGAGACUCUAGCUAUAUUUGUCAUGGCUCCUGUGGUCGUGCUAGUCAUUUUUUCUGUUGUAGCGGUGGUAGUCUGCAGAAAAAUUCAACAGCGCAACAUGGAGCGCCUGAGUACACGUGACGCGGAAUAUGGCACUAUUGACGGUCUCAUUGCAUCCAAUGUGGGAGACAGCACCCUUGCUGAUUUGUUGGAUCAUUCCUGUACGUCGGGAAGCGGAUCUGGGCUUCCUUUCCUAGUGCAAAGAACAGUAGCACGGCAAAUUACACUUGCAGAGUGUGUCGGAAAAGGCCGAUAUGGUGAAGUGUGGCGUGGUCAGUGGCAGGGCGAAAGUGUUGCAGUAAAGAUCUUCUCGUCGCGAGACGAAAAAUCAUGGUGUCGAGAGACAGAGUUAUAUAACACUGUGCUGUUACGCCAUGAAAAUAUACUGGGUUUUGUUGCGUCUGAUAUGACUUCUAGAAAUUCCAGUACGCAGUUGUGGCUAAUUACUCACUACCAUGAGAUGGGAUCUCUCUACGACUACUUGCAGAUCACCACUUUGGAUACCGUGGGCUGUCUGCGGAUUGUCUUGUCCAUAGCCAGCGGCCUGGCUCAUUUACAUGUCGAAAUAUUUGGCACCCAAGGAAAGCCUGCCAUUUCACACAGGGAUCUUAAGAGCAAGAACAUCCUCGUCAAAAAGAAUGGACAGUGCUGCAUUGCAGAUUUAGGACUUGCAGUGAUACAUUCACAAACUACGAAUCAUUUAGAUGUCGGAAACAAUCCACGUGUAGGAACCAAACGCUAUAUGGCUCCUGAAGUUUUGGAUGAGACCAUCCAAGUAGACUGUUUUGACUCUUACAAGAGAGUCGAUAUUUAUGCUUUUGGGCUAGUUCUUUGGGAAGUAGCGAGGCGCAUGGUUAGCAAUGGUAUUGUUGAAGAAUAUAAACCUCCAUUCUACGAUGUAGUGCCUAACGACCCCAGCUUUGAAGAUAUGAAGAAGGUGGUCUGUGUGGAUCAACAGAGGCCUAACAUUCCCAACAGAUGGUUUUCAGACCCAAGUCUGACAUCACUUGCGAAGUUAAUGAAGGAAUGCUGGUAUCAAAAUCCAUCUGCACGACUCACAGCCUUGCGCAUCAAAAAGACUUUAACCAAAAUUGACAAUUCCUUAGAUAAACUGAAAUCGGAUUGUUGAAAGACUAUCAACACUGCCAUAAUAUUAUCUGUGUAUAGUUCAUAUAGGAAAUACAAAAGACACCAAAAAAACAAACUACAAACACAAAAAAAAACGUGCUUGCCUGACGAGGUGUAGACUUUAUGGUUAAAAACAAGUCUUUACACUUGCACCUGCCCUGUUUGAAGACAAUCCUGCUUUGGAACCUGAAGCAAUGGAUAUCCUAGUCCUUUAAUAAACAGACUGGCUUCCAAGUUGAAGGGAAGAGCCGAUUAUUGCAAAGAUUUGCAUUUGAAGGAGCGCGGGAGAUAUUUCGGGACAGAUCUGGGCAUUAAAAGAAGACUUUGGAGGAACAAAAGACAAUUCACGUCAUGUACUCAGCUACUUCUAUUAUAAGAAACAUUGAACUGACAAAUUUCCCUGCAAUAUUGUGUGUGUGCUUCUACGUUCUCUUGCACUAAAAGGUUCUUUGCAUUCCUUACUUGCACUGUUACUCUUGGGUUUUUAACGACAGGUGCCAAAUAUAUUGUUGGCCGUGUAUGGA